AUGAAGAUUAGCUUUGUCCCAUUCGCUCUCGUCGCUGCCAUGGCUGGUUUUGGAGAGGCGCGAAACUGCACCCCUAAGCUUGACCACUGCGGCCACUUCCUCCUCGAUAUUGGCAAAUACUACACCACCAUCUCUGACGAGCUUACCCGCGCGACCAAAGCUACGUGUUUCAAGAAGAAUCAGAUCAAUGAUGCCCUCUUCUCGUGCGGCCCCAAUGGAACUAUCAAAUUCAAGAAGUACUGCAAGAAUGGAUGUCAGGUCGGAGCUAUGGGAAAGCAUGAUUACUGCUGGACUUAG